AAGAAUUCAUUCAUUCCGCUUUGGCUUUGAGAGUGAGUAACACACUUCCGAGCUCGUUGUAAGAAACGAAAAUGUAAAAAUAAAAAAAAAAUCGAGAAAAGCAAAAUUAAAUAAAUAAAACAGUUGUGCCAGUGAAUAUAAAAAUUGCAUUAAAAAUUGAAUACCAUAAAAUUAUUUAAACUUACAUUUUUUUCAAUUAAAUUUGUUUCUAAAAAUGUUUUUACUAUUUCUAAAUAAAUUUUCAUAGUAGAAAAAUAAAAAUCAAAUUAAAAUAAAUAAAAUUUAUAAUGCAGGCAACGAAAGGACUUCAAUUAGUGUUACUAUUAGGAGCAACAUUUACGUGUUUAGCUUUUUUAAAUAAAUAUCCAAACAUUUCUUAUGAGAUAGAUAAAACGGAUUUUUUUCCAUUGUCAAAUAAAUUACAUUCCAAAAAUUCGAAAUUUAAUAUACUUUCUCAACAAAGACUGAGAAAUAUAAUUCAACAAAGAUUAAAGAACAUUGAACAUCUUUGUGAAAAUCAUAAUAGAACACGUCAGUUUGAGACGGUUGUUUCAAAAAUUAUUGUCGAUAUAAAACAUGGAAUAUCAUGGUGUCCAAUUUACAAAGCUGCUAGUACAGUAUGGAUGAGACAAUUUGCAAACCUCGGAGGAAUUUUAACAAAUAAAACAAAAGAACUUGUAGAAAAAAAUGUUGUUCAAAUAAGUACUCUUGUGAAUAAUGUUUAUAACACUGAAUUAAACAUCAAUAAAACACUUCAAAACAUAAAAGAGACAAAAAUAUUUCUCGUGGUAAGACAUCCCUUUGAACGACUACUUUCUGCUUAUCGAGAUAAAUUAGAGCACAAGAAAGGACGAGAUUAUUAUUACCGACGUUUUGGACGACACAUAACGUAUAAAUAUCGUAAAAAUAAGAAAAAAAACACACAAUCCGAACCAUUAUUUGUCGAAUUUUUGGAAUUUAUAGCAAAAGAAAAAUAUUUUGACGAACAUUGGAUUCCUUAUACUGAAAUUUGUUUACCAUGUGAUAUUAAAUAUAAUUAUAUAUUAAAAUUCGAAACAUUCGAAGAAGAAAGUGAAUUUUUACUAUUACAAUUAGGAUUACAGGAUAAAUUAGAUUUUAACUGGCAAAAAAAUUCAACUUUUCAAAUUGCUACUACAAAAUCAGUGAUAAAAAAUUAUUAUAAAAAUAUUCCUGUAACACUUCUCAAAAAGAUAUACAAUAUUUAUGAAAAAGAUUUUAAACUAUUUUUAUAUACACCCGAUGAAUAUUAUUCAUUAGGAAAGAAAGAGUUUUAAAAUGUAGUUUAAAAAAAAAAACUUUAAAAAUUCAAUACUAAAUUGUUAUUUCAUUUU